GGCUGCCGGCAAAAAAAAAACCUCCUCGGAGUCGACAGUCAUCAUGAAGCGGAAUUAUGCUUCAGGAAGCCAGAAAAGAAAGAAGAGAAAGGAAGAGGAGGAUAAGAAAAAACAAGAUAGUGGUGCUUUGCUUAAAUUUCUCAGCCCUCAGGCUCUUCCUAAGGAUACCUCCACUGAUGAAGCUACACCAUCAACGUCAUCCUCAACAUCAACAGAUGCAUCACUUCUCAGUGCUGAUGUCUCCUCUAUAGCACAAGCUACACCGUCAAUAGCAUCUCAUACAGUGGAAGCCACUGCAUCCAGAACAGAAAUUGAGUCUGCACCACUACCCAACACUGAGGUUACCUCUACAGCUCAAGAUACCACAAGCAAUGUAAUUAUAGCUGAUGACCCUGCGCAGUGGCCAGCAGUCCUGACUGAUAGUGUGCGCUGUCAAAUUGUUAAAAAAGGACCAGUGCAAGUCAAAAACAUUGUAUUCCCCCAAAAUUCUGAGAGUCCACCUCUAAGAUUCACAAAUGAGAAUUACAUGAGAAGCAUGAAAAAUGGGGAGAAAAUUCUUAGAUCGUGGAUGUUAUAUUCCAUAAGCACAGACUCAGUGUUCUGUUUUGCCUGCACUGUUUUUGGGAAGCGUGAUAAUGCCUUAAGCAACUGUGGCUUCCGUACAUGGAGGAACCUAGCUCAUCAUUUAAAAUUACACAAAUAUUCAAAGGGUCAUUGUGACAAUAUGACAAACUGGCAUGAGCUGCAGAGGAGACUGCAAACCAAUACGACCAUAGAUCGAAGACAACAAAGCUUGAUGCAGAUAGAGAUUGAGCAUUGGAAAUGUGUCAUAAGGAGAGUGAUUGCUAUAAUUUGUCACUUAGCAGAACGCAACCAGGCUUUAAGAGGGACCACAAGUGAAUUGUAUGACCCGCACAAUGGGAAUUUUCUGGCACAAGUUGAACUGAUGGCACAGUUCGAUUCAGUUAUGACUGAACACAUAAGAAGGAUACAAAACCAAGAGACAAGAGUGCAUUACUUGAGUGGAACUAUUCAAAAUGAAAUAAUUGCACUAAUUGGAAAAAAGGUACUGGAAGAGAUUGUGAGAAGAGUACACAGAGUAAAGUAUUACUCUGUUAUUAUGGAUUGCACUCCUGAUGUCAGUCAUAAGGAACAGCUUUCCAUUGUUCUGAGAAUUGUUAAUUGCGAACCAUCUGUGUCCAUUGCAGAACAUUUCUUUGGAUUUUUAGAUGUUGAAGAAACAACUGGUAAGGGCCUGACUGAAGUCCUACUUGACCACCUGCAGAAACAAAGCCUGAGUCUUUCUGACUGCCGUGGUCAGUCUUAUGACAAUGGCAGCAAUAUGAUGGGCCAUAAACAGGGUGUUCAGGCAAGAAUUUUGCAAUUGAACAGCAAAGCAUUUUGCAUUCCAUGCAGCAGUCAUACACUUAACCUGGUUGUGGCAGAUGCUGCCAAGUCCUCAGUGCUGUCCAUCUCCAUCUUUGGUGUGUUGCAAAGACUCUAUAACUUAUUCAGUUCCUCUGUGCAACGCUGGGCAGUUCUAAAGGAACAUGUAAAGCAGCUCACUUUAAAACCUUUGUCAACAACAAGAUGGGAAGCUCGAAUUGACUGCGUGAAGGUGGUGCGAUACCAGUUACCAGAGAUCCUGGAUGCAUUGUCUGCACUCCAGAUGUUUGCUAUAGAGAAGGGGGACUCAGAGACCAUGUCCAGUGCUAAAAGCUUACAUGGUGAGAUGAAGACCUGGUCUUUUCUGCUUUGCACAAUGACCUGGUACAAUGUUUUGUACCAGAUCAAUCAUGUCAGCAAGCUGCUACAAAGUCCAAAUGUUUCAAUGGAAACACUUAGAUCAGAAACAGAAGGAGUAAAAUACUACCUUGAAAACUUCAGGGAAAAAGGGAUUGGCUCCUGUCAAACUGAUGCAAAGGAGAUUGCAGAAAAUCUGGAUAUGGAAAUGACCCUUCCUGAGAAAAGGCAGCGUAAAAAGAAAAGACAGUCUCUAUAUGAAGGUACAGAGGACACUCAGUCUACUCCAGAUGAGACUUUCAGAAGAGACUUCUUUCUGCCCAUGGUUGACACAGCCCUCAGAAGCCUAAGUGACAGGUUUUCAAGAUUAAAGGGUGUUUAUGACCUUUAUGACUUUCUGUUCUCAAAGGACAACAUGAAGCAGACAAUAAAGAAUGGAAAGCUUCAUGAACGAUGCAAAAAAUUGGAACAAACCCUCCAUGACAUUGAUGCUGAUGACUUGGCACUUGAGAUCAAUUCAUCUCUCUACACAUUUCCAGACCAUGUAGCCACUUCCCCAUUUGACAUGCUUAAUUACAUAUACAGUGAGAAGCUACUGGAUUUGUACAGUAAUUUAAGCAUUGCUUUGCGUCUACUCCUGACUCUCCCUGUGUCAGUGGCCUCUGGUGAGAGGAGCUUUUCAGCUUUGAAGCUGAUAAAAAAUUACAUGAGGUCCACCAUGGGCCAAGAAAGGCUCACAGGACUGGCACUUACAUCAAUUGAGCGUGAUGUUCGCCAGUCUUUGGACAUGGAGGACAUUGUGAUUGCCUUUGCAGAAAACAAGGUUCGCAAACAGCAGUUUUAG